AUGGCACCAGAUAUUUCAUAUGCCUUGCCUGCAUCGAAGGUUUGUGAUGAAAUCAAGAGCCGUUUUCCAGACAUGCGAUUCCCGUCUUUGCGAGAUCCCGAGACUCUCUUGGCUGCUGCUAGGCUCGGGAAAACGCAACUUCUUGAACGAGUCCUUGCCAGCAUCGAUCCGAAUCAGCUGAACACCAAAAGCUCAUCGGGUCAGACUGCCUUAUGGUUGGCUUGUGAAGGAAGGCAUUUUGAUGCUGUCCGGAUACUUCUUCGCACAGAAAACCUGGACACCAACUGUUGCAGCGCAGACGGGACGACGCCAUUGUCACUGGCUGCCAAGCUUGGAAAAAUUAGUAUUGUCAAAAUGUUGCUCACUGCUCCAGGAGUGGAUGUCAAUCUCCCGGAUAAGGAUGGAAACACUGCAUUACAGCUAGCAAUCAUGAACGGCCAGUAUACUAUUGUCGAAAUGUUGCUUGAAAGGCCGGAUGUUGAUAUUAAUCAUCUGAAUGGGAAUGGAGACACCGCACUGCAGCUAGCAAUCAUGAACGACGAUUAUAUGAUUUCUGGAUCGCUGAUCGUCAAGCUGGGAGUGGACCCCAACCAUGCAAACCUCCACGGAGACACCGCAUUAACCCUGGCAGCCAUGGUUGGCAUAAGAGUGAUUGUCGAAAUGUUGCUUGAAAUGCCGGAUGUUGAUAUUAACCACUCGAAUGAGAAUGGAGAUACUGCACUGCAGCUAGCAAUCAGGAACUACCAUGGGACUAUUGCUAGAAUACUGGUCGAUGCGUCUGGAGUAAAUAUCAAUCAUCAAAAUGUCAACGGAGACACUGCAUUGACCCUGGCAGCCAUGGCUGGUGAAGGGUUGAUUGUCGACAGGCUGCUUAAGAUACGGGAUAUCCAAGUCAACACCACCAACGUCGACGGCAAGACCCCACUAGCUCUGGCAGCACAAGGAGGCAAUGCGGGUAUUGUCGAGUCGUUCCUUCACACCAGAGAAGUGGUCGUCGAUUGCGUGGAUGGGAAUGGCAAUACGCCAUUGAUCUUGGCAGUAAUGUCGGGGCAUAUAUCGGUUGUUAAAUUGCUACUUGAAAUCGGACGGGCAUCUAGGACAAUUCAAAAUCUGGAAGGAAAGACUGCUCUGGGAAUCGCCAUUGAGAAAAAGAAUCAUGAAAUUGUCCAACUGCUUCUGGACCACCAGGAGGACUAUACUGGCGCUAGCUCGGAACUGAGAUACUCUGCUGGCUCCCGCGCACCCACCUUCCCUGAGGAGCACCAUCACCUGCUAGACGAGAAGCUCCGUUCCAUGCUAGGAGGAGAUGCCACACCGCUCAAAGAUGCUAAUUCUGGACUGGGCGAGUCCGUUGAUUCUAUCCACGCACCCAGUUUCACCGAGAAGCCCCAUCCCAUGCGAGAGGAUGCCGCACCGCUCAAGGAUGCCCAGAAGAAGGGGAUUCCACCUACUGCACGAUGGACGAAGCUCGAUCGGAGACUCGUGGAUCCAGCUGCGCUGACAGAAGGCAAAGAGCGUUUCCAGGAGCGGACGGACUGUAUUAUUGUCCUGCGAGUGUUGACCAAGGAGGAGAUCCAUGCUUAUGCUGUCAAAACGGAGCAGAUCCGAGGUGAGCUUGCUCUCGAAUAUCACUUUUGUGGCAUAGGAAAUAGCUAG